CAACACUUCAUCUUACAAUAACCUCGUUCACAGGUUUAAUUGCUAUUGUAUAGGUUCAGAGAUAGAGACGGCUGGUAGAAGACAUUAGUCUUACCAAGAUGAGGGUCCUUUAUCUCCUGUUGCUGUGUCAAACAAGUGUCCAGCUUCAGUGUGACAAAACAGUAAUCCAGGCCAAUGUCGGGAGUAGAUUCAGUCUGUUCUGCCAGUACCAAACAAACCGGUACCUCUUCAGUAAGAAGUACUGGUGUCGUGGGGAGUCUAGGUCAACCUGUGUUAUUCUAAUGGACUCCGAUCACCUCACCAACAGAGAGCUCAGACACAGGUCUCAGAUCAUAGAUGCACAGCGAAGGGGGUUGGUCAUCAUCAUGACAGAUCUCAAGUUAGAGGAUACUGGAGUGUACUGGGUUGGGAUUGAUAAAAUCUAUGCUGAUAUCAUGACUUCCAUCAAUCUAAUUGUGACAUUUGUGGCAGUGUCCAAACCCAUGGUAUGGCCCCUAGGUUCCAUGGGAGACACUUGCUGGGGCCAGCCUGUGACAGUGCACUGUGCUAGUGCACAGGGCACAAGUGUCCAGUACACCUGGUACCAAUCCACCCAACCCCAGGACAUCCAGUUUCAGAGCUCAGCAGACCUGCACCUACACUGUGGCAUUGUGGAAGAAGACAGCCAGUACUACUGCACUGCCAGCAACGAUGUGAGCAGCCAGCAUAGUGGGAUGGUUUCGCUGCAGGUUCUGAAGCCCUCUGAGGAGGACUGCAUCUAUAGUUUUGCUAUGGAGGGCCAGAGUAGCUAUGACUGUAGUGACAGACUGAAGACAAGCACAUCCACACCUCUGCGUUCUACUGGCCAUCUGACAGAAGAACCCUAUCAACCUGGAACCAACAGCAACCUGUCCUCAACAGUCAAUCAAACACACCAGGAUCGGCAUUACAGUAGGGCAUGGGCAUUGUUGCCUGUUUGGUAUGAGGUCCUGCGCUGGCUUUUCCUGGUUACUCUGAUAGCAGCUGUGUGUCUUGUGCACAAGUGCAGACCUACACAAGUGUGAUUCAACAGUCUAUGAAAGUUUCCUUUGGCAAACUGACCACUUUGUUUUACCUUAGUCGCAGAUAUAUGUACUUUAGCUAACUCCUUUGUCAUUGUCGUCAUAUAACAACAUCCUUCAGAGACAUUAAAAAUAUAGAACUGGCUAUCUACAUCAAGGUAAAUAGGUGUAUCUACUUACCUAUACAAAGGCUAAAGGUAGGAUUAUAUUAUAUUUCAUAUAUUUUAAAUUGUUUUGACACAAAAGAAUAGUUUAAAUAUAGGUGCCAGUGAGGAUGUGAAGAGUUACAGUUAGCCACAGGAGGGCAGUAAUGAUUGUGUUAUGGAAGUUUGAAACAUCACAUGUUCAAUAUGGCUUACAUUAUGAAAGGACCUUAAGUGAUAUCAUGGAAUCCUAAAAUAAACAUUUGUAUUUCUUAUCAUGAUGUCACAAUCAACUAAUUGCUCAGUAAUAUUGUUUUUUACAGAGAGGGAGUUUAUUUUUAUUUUUUUACCUGAGACAGAUACUAAUUCCCUACCCAAUAGCCACCAGAUCCUGUCUGGUCUGCAGGGGGGAUGUGUUAUUUUAUCAUAUAUUUUAGCGGCAAAAUACAUAGUCUUGUUCAUACAUUUCCAUCAAAUAUUUGUCUUAGGGUAGGCCUAUUCAUUUGCCUGUAUUGAUCAUCUGUAAUGAAUACUCAGGGAGAAAAAGGUGUAGAUUCACACACAGAGCGCGGCCGGUGACUAUUUCGCCUUUGCAGAAGGCAGGAAUCGUGGUCACAGGCAGGCAAUGGUCAUACACA